AUGGACACACCAGAGCAAAUCCAGAGAAGACUCACAACAAUGAUCAUCUGCCAUACAAUGGAACUACCAUUGGAUUCCACUUCAUGGCAAUGAGAAAGAGCUGCUGACAUCAGAAAAAUUAUUUCCUUUCUUUCACAAAAAGACGUAAAGCAAAAUGGAAAGUUUUUAAUAGUGUUUCUUUUGCUUUCCAGAGUGGAAGAUUCAGCGGAUCCCCUUACUGAAACUUUUAUGACAUUUUACCAAGAAUUAAAGGGACUAGAAGACAUGGUCUACAUUUGCAUCGGUGCAGGUACAUACCAGUGAUGGAAAGAUCUUCUGCAUGCUAGAGGUGUCAGUGAGGAAGCACUCUCAAAGAAAUGUGUUUCUAAUGUAACACUGGAAAUGGUAAAUGGUACCAUCACAAAACUAGCACCACAUACACGGUCUUCUGAAAGACUUCUGCCCUCUGUUGGUCAUUCUACUGUUCUUCUCCCAAAGAAGAGUUCCAUGGCAGCACUAGAAAUACCUUGUGAAAAUGAAUGCAAAGGCACAGGAAUACAGAAUGAUGAAGAUAAAUUUCAAAAUUUCCUGAAAGAGUGGGAAGAAGAGUUUUAUCAAGGUGGUAAAGUAUCAUGGUGGAAUUUCUACUUUUCUUCUGAAAACUAUGCUUCAGAAUUUAUCAGAAGGGACAGUUAUGAAAAGUUUGAAGACCUAAUUGUAUCUUCAUCUAACAGUGUUAAUGAACCACCUGUAAAAAUUAUCAACCUUUACCACCACCCAGGAUGUGGUGGUACAACAUUAUCUAUGCAUAUCCUUUGGAAUUUCCGGAAGCAAUUCAAAUGUCCUGUUCUGAAAAACAAACAAAGUAAUAUUGGAACACAGGUGACAACUUUACUCACCUUUGGAACAAAUGAUGACACAGACUAUUUACCAGUAUUAUUUCUUGUGGAUGAUUUUGAAGAGCAAGAAAAUGUUGAUGUUCUGCAGAAAAAAAUUCAGACAGCUAUAACAGAAAAAUACCUUUGGUAUGGAAAACGUGUAGUGAUCAUUCUAAACUGUGUGAGAUCUCAGAAGCCUGACGAAAGUUUGACAAUCAAUUCCCUGAACAGUGUUCCUAUAAAACGUGUGCUUUCUGAGAAAGAGCAAAGGGCCUUUGAUCAAAAACUAGAAGAUAUUGAAAAAUAUUCAAAUCCUGACCAUUUCUAUUCAUUUAUGAUUAUGAAGAAAAACUUUGAUCCACAGUAUAUAGAAAAAGUGGUAAAAAAUACCUUGCAUAACUUGAAUACUGCCUCUAAACCAGCACAGCUUGCUUGCUAUCUAACACUGUUAAACUCAUAUGUAAAAAAAUCUACAAUUUCAAUAUCACUAUGUGGAAUCCUAGGAAAAAAUUCUCAAGUCGUAGGCUUCAGAAAAGAUAAAUUAAUAGAAAAUAUGGGAAUUUGUUCCAAUAUUCUAAUAUCUGAUCAGGUACAUGUACACAUGAAAUACAAAUGUCUUCGUAUCAUUCAUCCAUUGAUAGUAUCUCACUGCCUAACAGAAUUGAAACUAACCUAUGGCUUGAUUAAAAGUGCAAUUACAUUAAAGUUAUUGAAAGAAGAUUCAUUUUAUAAGACUUCAUUAAAGCCAGACAAACUUAUUUGUGAUAUACAAACCCUGCUGCUUGCUAAGCAGCGCAAGGAACAUGGUGAUGAGUCAGACACAUCAUUUUCCCCCUUAAUUGAAGCCAUUCAUAAGGAAGAAAAGAGUGGUGAUGUGGAAUAUGUGCUAGAACAAGCAUUCUUUAGAUUUGAGCAAAACGGUUACAUUUGUCAGGCCUUAGCAAGAUUCUACAUUAAAGAAAGGAAAUAUGACUCUGCAUUAAACUGGGAUGAAACAGCUAAAAGAGCACCACACAAUUCAUACAUAUCAGAUACACAAGGUCAAAUCUUUAAAAGUCAGCUAGAGAUGGGGUAGGGCGCAAAGAGUGCAGCUCAGACAGCUGGGAAACUGGAACACUUGCUAGAGCUUGCUAAGAGUGCUUCACAGGCUUUCCAAGAAUCUCAGAGGCAAGCAAAAAUGCAGUAUGAACAAGAUCUGCAGUAUCAAAACCUUAAAAGAAAGUUUCAAAUAUACAAAACUGCUGGUUAUCUGGGAGAAAUAGAAACUGGUCUUUAUGUUAUUGAUGUCCUUUGGCACGUUCCUAUUUUCAGCAAAAAAGACUUAACAGUGUAG